AUGUCCAAUCUUACGCGCCUAGACAUGGACAUUCCUCACAACCUUACUACUACUACAACAACAACAACAACAACAUCUCUCCGUCAAACGAAAUCUGUAUCUUACACACAGGCCAGACCACCACACUCUCCCAAACGCACUCAUUCAGAACCGCCCAAGAAACGAAGAUCGGCUUACGAACCAUUGCCAGUCGAAAAAGUACCAAAAGUGCCUUCCAAACGAAGUCUGUCCCACGCGAUAAAUGCACUGACGGACCUGAUUCGGAAACCAAAGAGAACGUGGCUCAAUACAACCUGGACAGAUGAAAUGCCGCUGGCGGCCACCAUCUCAUCAUCCACUCAAAAGCCUGCUGAGCGGGCCGAGAACUGGUGGGCUACCACUCCCCGCCUAUCCCAAUAA